AUGGACCUCGCCGCACUUCAGGGUGAGCUGAAAGCGGCCAAGGAGCGAUGGGAGGAUAUGAAGCUGGGCAAGGCCAAAAAGGAGGCUGAGACUUUCCCGUUUCCGGUUUGGGCGCUUUUGCCAGCGCAGCAGCCUCGGGCAGCUAAAGCCUUUGACAUCUACGAGAUCCCGGUGAAGCUCAUCAUCAACAGCUUAGAGCCGGAGGUGGCAGUGGAGGUUCCCAGCCCAGAGCUGCCCCCGCAGCUACAGUCAAAGAUCGCUGAUGCGGUCCUGGCAGCCUGGAAAAAGCAGCUCAAGAAGAAAGCUGCGCCUUGGGGGAUCAUGCCAAUCUUUGAAUGGGUAGAUGCUAACUUCGCCAAGCUCUUGCAGCUGGAUCCGGACUGCCUACAUCCCUAUGAGGGCUGCGAUGAGAACGAUUGUUCUAUGAGAAGGUAUGCGAUCGGUCCUCCUGCAGCCCCGGCGCCUGAGCCGGCGGAAGAAAGUGAAGAGGAGAGUGAAGAAGAGGAGGAGGAAGACGAUGCUGAAGCAGAAGCCAUGAGAGAACGGCUUGCAGCGCUGCUUGCCGAAGUAGAGAACUCCGGAGGCGACGGCCGGAAGAAGCUGUCGCCAGAGGAGAUCGAGCGCAGGAGGAAGGAGGCGGAGGAAUUAGGUGACAAGUGUAAGAUCAUGUCGAAGAAGGAGCGAGAUGAACAGAACAAGUCCCGCAAGGAGAAGGCCGGCCAGAGGCAAGCCAAAACAGGAUCCAAGAGCCGAAAGUUUGAAGGUGAGGGGGCCACUUCCAAGGCCCUGCCGUCCGUUUCCAAGCUUGUGGCAAUCAGAACCGUCCUGCCGUCAACCUUCCUCCGAUCUCCCU